AUGACUUCCGCUAUAGAUUAUAGGAAUAAAAUAAUCCUUGCACCUAUGGUAAGGGUAGGAACUUUACCUUUGCGCUUACUAGCUUUAGAAUUCGGAGCAGAUCUAGUUUAUUCACCUGAAAUGGUGGAUAAGCGUAUAAUUGCCUCAGAAAGACAUUUCGACGAAGAAACAAGGCUAAUCGCAUAUGUGGACGAUAAGAAGACGAUAAAUUUUCGAUCUCAUCCUAUAGAAAAAUCGAAGUUGAUCUUUCAAAUUGGAACUUCAGAUCCCGAAUUAGCACUUCAAGCAGCAUUAAAAGUAAAGCAAGAUGUGUCAGGUAUAGAUGUUAAUUGUGGAUGCCCAAAAAAGUUUUCGAUUCAGGGUGGUAUGGGAGUCGCUUUAUUAUCAAAUCCUGAUAAAUUAAAAUCUAUAUUGACCAACUUGGUGCAAAAUUCUGGCCUUCCCAUAACUUGUAAAAUAAGAAUGUUACAAACAAAAGAACAAACUUUAGAACUGUGUAAAAUGAUAGAAUCCACGGGGGUUAAGGCAAUAACGAUUCAUUGCAGAACAAAGGAUGAACGUCCGAGACAACCAGGACAUUGGGACAUCUUUAAAUAUAUUGCGGACAAUAUCACAUCUAUUCCUAUUAUUGCCAACGGUGAUAUAUUUCAGCGUUCUGAUAUUGUCAAGCUUAAAGAAAUUUCAAACGUCAGCUCUUUUAUGAUUGCUCGCGCAGCACAAAGUAAUGUAUCAAUCUUUCGCGAGGAAGGGACGUUGUUAUUAAAGGAUGUUGUAACAAGAUACAUUAAAAAGGCAAUUGAUGUUGGAAACAAUUGGCCAAAUACAAAAUACACGCUCGUGCAAAUGUACGCCGAGUGUGCAAAAGAACCCGAAUACAGAUAUUUAACUCAAUCAAAAUCAUAUGAAGAUGUUUGCAAAAUUUAUGGUCUGGAAUCCUAUCUUCAAAACGCUAAUGCAACAAACGGAUCUUUUAUAAACGCUCUUUUUGGACAACCUAAAAUUAAGUGCAAAAAACUCAAAAGAAACCAAGAUGAAAUCGAUUUUGAUUCAAGUGAUAAGAAGAAAAGAAAGGUUGAAAUAUAA